AUGGGUAUCCCUGCUACUAUUGCAACACCGCCUCCUGCUACAAUCAUCGAGUUGUCAUCGCCUGCCGCAGCCACCGAAAGCGCAAUCCGUCCAAACACUCGAAGGGGAAACGCAGCAAGGGGCCAGAAGCGGGCUCGGCCGCAGGCUGAGGGCACUUCACCACGCCGGAGCCAAAGGAGACGGAGAGCUUAG